AUUAAUGAAUUUGUUAUCAAAUGCCAUAUGUUUUUUAAUUUUUAAGCCCUUGAUUAAAAGUACAACUCCAUCAUUACAUUUUGUUUAAUAUUAACCUCCCAAUUGCUGAGGAAAUUUCUUUGAUAUUAUAAUCGUUUACAAAUAUGUUGUCUCAUUCAAUGAUUCGUUCAUUUUUGGCUCGCCCAAGUGUACUUAAAAGUGUAGCUGCUAACAGUUCAACUGCUGCAGUUUUCCAAGCUGAACCAAAACCUCCCAUUCAAGGUGUUGUACAAGUACGCGAAGACAAAAUUGUUGGUAGAGAUAUUGUUGGGUAUGGUAUCAAUGGAGAACCUGUAUAUCUCGAUAGCAUUACUUUCCCAUUCCCCAGUGUUAGAUUCAAGAAAAACACUCCAGACAUUAUGGCAUUACGCGAAAAAGAAAAAGGAGACUGGAAAAAACUUUCCCUAGAAGAAAAAAAAACCUUGUACAGAGCUAGUUUUUGUCAAACUUUAGUUGAACUUGAAGCUCCUACAGGAGAAUGGAAAGCUAUAUUUGGUUGGGUUAUGGUUUGGACAUCAGUUGCAAUUAUGGCUUUUGUUGGAGUUCGUAAAUUCUUGUCCAACACAUCAGAUGAUCCAUCAUUGUCAUUAGAGUCUCGUCAAGCCCAACUUAAACGUAUGAUUCAAUUGCGUGUUGAUCCAGUUGAUGGAUUGUCAUCUAAAUGGGAUUAUGAAAAUAAUACAUGGAAAAAGUAAAUUGUAUGUUAAACAUAUAUAUUAAAAAAAAAAAAAUUUAUGAAUGUAUAAACCAAAAAUAGGUAACAGAAAAAAAUUAAAACUCGCUGUGUAUAUGUUAUCAGUUUAUACUUUUCUUAUAGAAAUACAAAUAGAAAAGUUAUAAAAUAAUAGAAUCUUAAUGUUGUUUUGUUAUAAAUAAAUGUAAUAAACAGUAUAAUUCAAUUUUUA